CAUUAUCUGUGCAACACUAAUGGCAUGUGUGACUCUUGCCCGCCCUUGGGAGUAUCAAAGAUGGCGGCGUCUUUGUUGCACUGUGCGCGACGAGCCUCAGUUUUGAAGAUUCGAUGUGUCUUUCGAGUCUGUUUCUUCGCCAGUGACACCCAUCCGAUCCCUGAGCCCAAAAUUGCUGCUAAGCACCCUUACAAAGUGGACCUGGAGGCAGGAAAACGCUACUCUUGGUGUGCAUGUGGACACAGCAUGAAGCAGCCUUUCUGUGAUGGGACCCACAAAAAGCAAGCUCCUGGAUUAUCUCCUGUCCGUUUCACGCUAGAUGAAGCCAAGACAGUGUGGCUGUGUGGGUGUAAAAGGACUCAGAAUGCACCAUACUGCGAUGGGACCCACAAGAGUGAUUUGGUGCAGAGCAAUGAAAGUGGCUUGCCCUGACAAGCCUCCAGGACCAAGCAUGCACAGUUAUCAAUGUUAGAAAGCGUUCCGUUUCAGAAGUAUCCAUGUACAGUAUUCACACAUUGCCAACAUGUCAAGAUUGCUCUGAUCUCCAUGGUCCCUGCAUUUUUUGAUUAUUGUUUGCACAACUACAGGCACUUUCUUGAAUGUUAACGAAAUAAAAAAAGGAAAUCAGUGUUUCACCAUCUGAAAGGUUUGCAAAAUGUAAAGGUGCUCUGCAAGAAAAGAAAAAAAUGUGAUGUGGUGUCUGUGCUAAAAAUAGUUCUGCUUGCAAGUUUCCUGUGUCUGAUACGUGGUCUCAAGUAAUGUCCCUGUAUAUUGAGUCUGUUGUGCAUCUGUUGAUAAUAAAAUCAAUUGUUUAAAAACACAA